AUGACUAAUAGUCCAGUCUCAUACAGGCUUCUCAGAACAGGGGGCAGUCUUCUCUCUCUCCUCCAAAAUUCUCCCGCAAAUCUCUCGACUCACUGCGACGAUAGUCUUGUGACUCUCUCGACUACAGUCUCUUUCCCCGACUCUGCUACUAGCAAAAUCUCGAAUUUAAAUUUAACUUGGCUGCUGAUUAAUACGCAACUGUUGCUAUCAUUUCUCUUUCUUUCUUUCCUUCUUUCUUUCUUUCUUUUUUUCUUUCUUUAUUUAUUUAUUUCCUUAUUUAUUUAUUUAUUUCCUUCUUUCUUUCCGUCUUUCCUUCUUUCUUUCUUUCUUUCUUCAUUUCCUUAUUUCCUUCUUUCUUUCUUUCCCGCUUUCUUUCUUUCUUUAUUUAUUUAUUUAUUUCCUUAUUUCCUUCUUUCUUUCUUUCUUUCUUUCUUUAUUUCCUUAUUUCGUUCUUUCUUUCUUUCCCUUUUUCUUUCUUUACUUCUUUCUUUCCGUCUUUCCUUCUUUCUUUCCUAUAUUUUGAUCCCCAAUUUGGCAAAAAUUCGUGUUCAACACGGUAUUAAACGUCUGUGUUUGUUUGGCCUUUACAUUUCGUCUGGUCGACUUUCUCUAUAUUGUUUUAACACUGUCUAUCCCUCUUCAUACCUCAUCCUCCCCUUAGUCGUCUUUCUCCCCCGCUCCUGCCUUUUGUCUGGCUCCUUCUCCUCCCAUUCACCUUCCUUCACCUUUCCCUACUCCCAUUUGUUUUCCGCCUCUUCUGUUUUGUCUUCCUCUUCACUCUUCUUUCUCCUCUCCAUUACGAAAUUCUUUUCCAAUCGUAUCGUUCUUUUCUCUCUCCCAUUCAUCUCUCUCUCUCUCUCUCUCUCUCUCCCCCCAGAAGCCUCUCUUUAUCUAUCUAUCUGUCCACUGGAAGUCUCUCUCGUCCUUUGCUUCUUCCUUCGUCUUCUAAUCUUUCUAUCUUCUUGCACGAUUAUGUUUUGUCUUUUCUUUGCCGCGUCUUUCCCUUCGCGUAAUUUCCCGCCUUCCCAAUCCACGUGA